AUGCGUUCCGUUCCGAACAACAGUUCUAGAUUCCAGUGCGCCCGGAGUCGAUGUUCGACGAAAGCGUGGUUUAGGAACUCACGGCGCACGCGCAACAAGCCUCCACGCCUAUUGCGCAGUAAUAUUUUAUUAUUUCCCUAUGACAUGUGUGCCCCUCGCCCCUCCACAGAUCACAUCAUAAGUGAGCACAGACAACUACGGAGUACAAAUACUACAAUAAUACAUUGGAAUGUUGCGUCGUUGCCGGUUGCCGCACUGAGUGACGAAGUUUCAAACGAUUGGCCGAAAUUGAGACUCACUGGAAUACUGGAUAGUGCAUUAUUUCGAACAGUCGGCCAUCUUAGGAUACCGUAG